AUGUGGCUCGGUCCCCGCCGUGUUGGCGAUGACGGCGAGGACCGCGAACGUUUCCCGUGUUGGCGACCCUUGAACGGAGCGCGUGAGCCGAGGCUUGCAAAUCGGGGGGCAAGGCGUGGUCAGGCGGAAGAUUCCCGCACGCUUCAGUCAAAAACUCACCUAACGGAUCAGCCGUGGAAGAAUGUCGAAGAAACCGAGGACCCGAGCCUCCGCCUGCGCAGCAUCGCCGGUUCAAGCAGUGAUCAGGGCAAUAUCCUGUACGACACGAUGCCGCAGGUUGAUUGUGGCAAUCCCUACGGCGACAACGAGCAGAACGCACAGAGUCGUGGGGCGCCGCUGCUCGUGCGUUGCGACAGCUGCAUCGUGGGCUUGUGCAAUGUUCCGGACAGAAACCUGUAG